CGGCUGGUGGUCCAGUUGCACACGGAGACCUCGCUGCCCGCGGAAACUCCGCGCGCGUCCGUGGCUGCCCCUCGCCCUGGCCGGACGGCCGCGCGGACAGCGUUCGGUGCGCUGCGAGGCCACCCCUUUUCGCGCGGUUCCUUCAGAGCCGGGAUAAGGUGGGAUCUUGCGCCUCCUCCCUCCUCUGUCUCCUCCUUUUCCUCCCCUUUUUACCCUUUCCUGAGCCCAGCCAAGGGGCACACCUGAUCCUCCUCCUUCUCUUACUCCCCCCUUCCUCCUCCUCCUCCUCCUCCUCCUCCUCUCUUCUCCACCCCUCCUCCUCCUCCCUGGGGGCUCUACAGAGGAAGGGGGCCCGGAAGAGGGCAUGUGGGUCCUCCUCUGACAGUAGCCAGGUUUGGGGUGACGCGGGCCCAAAUGGCCAAGUGGCUACGGGACUACCUGAGCUUUGGUGGCCGGAGGCCCCCUCCGCAGCCACCCACUCCCGACUACACGGAAAGCGACAUCCUGCGGGCCUACCUGGAGCAGAAGAACCUGGACUUCGAGGACCCUUAUGAGGACGCGGACAGCCGCCUGGAGCCAGACCCCACGGGGUCAGGGGACUCCAAGUAUGACUCUCCCAAGCACCGACUCAUCAAGGUGGAGACAGCCGACAUGGCAGACGUGGCCAGAACCAAGGUCUUGCUGGGCAGUGCAGGGGCAGAGUCGGAAGCUGACACCGAGUACUCCGACCCCUUUGAUGCCCAGCCUCAUCCGCCACCCCCAGAUGAUGGCUACAUGGAACCCUAUGAUGCCCAGCGGGUCGUGAGCGAACUGCCUUUCAGGGCAGUGCAGCUGUAUGACACUCCCUAUGAGGAGCAGGAUGGGGAGCCAGGAGACAGACCUCCUUCAGGGCAGAAGCCUCGACAGAGCCGGCUGCCCCAGGAAGAUGAACGGCCAGCGGAUGAGUAUGACCAGCCCUGGGAGUGGAAGAAAGACCACAUCUCCAAGGCAUUUGCAGUGCAGUUUGACAGUCCAGAGUGGGAAAGGACCCCAGGCUCAGCCAAGGAGCUCCGGAGGCCCCCGCCCAGAAGUCCCCAUCCCGCAGAGCGCGUGGACCCUGCGUUGCCCUUGGAGAAACAGCCGUGGUUUCAUGGCCCUUUGAGCCGGGCAGAUGCCGAGAACCUCCUCUUGCUCUGCAAGGAAGGCAGCUACCUUGUGCGGCUCAGUGAGACCAGCCCCCAGGACUGCUCCCUGUCCCUCAGAAGCAGCCAGGGUUUCCUGCAUCUGAAGUUUGCACGGACCCGAGAGAACCAGCUGGUGCUGGGUCAGCACAGCGGCCCCUUCGCCAGCGUGCCCGAGCUGGUGCUCCAUUACAGCUCACGCCCACUGCCCGUGCAGGGCGCUGAGCACCUGGCCCUGCUCUACCCCGUGGUCACCCAGAGCCCCUGCCCUGCAGCCUCUGCCCCUUGCCCUGCUCCGUGAGCCUGAGAUUCACUGGCUGCAAACGCUGGAGGUCUUUCAAGUCCCAAGGGAAAGGCUUCCUACCCUUCCAGGCCCUGGGUCUUCAUUAGGGCUGCCCUCUCAGUCCCCUGCUGGGUUCUAGGGUC